AUAUAGAUUCAUAGAUAGAUAGAUAUAUAUAGACAUUAAUAGAAUAGAUAGAAAUGGAGGCUCCACAGAAGAGAUGCCGUAAAUCUGUGGUGUGGGAGCAUUUCCAUUUGGAAACCCCAAAUAAAGUCAGAUGUAUGUAUUGUGAUAGGCAGCUAGCCUACUUCAACAAUACAUCAUCCAUGAUGCGCCAUUUGAGGAGCACUCAUCCUGCCAUUUUGCAGUGUGCAGAGGAUGGUAACAUUCCCCCUGUACCUAGGCCUGCUACUGACACUGCUGGGCCAUCUAAACAAGGCAGACAGAGGGAAUUGGAUGAGGCUCUUGUAGACAUGGUGGUAAAGGGUUUGCAGCCCUUCACUAUCGUGGAGGAUGAGGGUUUCAUGGCUUUUGUGAACAAACUUGAUCCAAGCUAUGUCCUCCCAUCCCGGAAGGCACUUAAAACGAUGGUAACCGAAAGGUACAACAUUUCUAAGGAGAAGACAAUGGAGGACCUAAAAAAGGCAGAUUUUGUUAGCCUUACAGCUGACAUGUGGUCCUCCAUUAAUAUGGACGGAUACCUUGGUGUUACUUGCCACUACAUAACACCAGAGGCAAAGCUGGCAACUGUUGUACUGGGUGUAAGGAGGUUUUACCAAACACACACAGCCCAGCAUCUCAUGGAGGCUAAAGCUUUGCUAAUGGCCGAGUGGGGAAUAACCACCAAAGUUCAGUGUAUGGUGACUGAUAACCCAGGUGAAAAAUAA